AUGACUAUCACCGGCAGCUGCUUGUGCGGCAGUAUCCAAUACUCCGCAGACGUGGACCAAUAUACCUCCGCCCUUUGCCAUUGCACUGACUGCCAGAAGUGGACCGGCGGUGCCUUCACGUCCAAUGCGCUCGUCCCCCGCUCCAGCUUCAAGGUGACCAAGGGUACCCCGAGCACCUACGAUGUCACCGGAAAUAGUGGAAAGAUCAACAAACACUUUUUUUGCUCCGGGUGUGGCUCCAGCCUGUACACCGAGCUGGAGAUUAUGCCUGAUUCCACUGUCAUCAAGGCUGGUGGGCUUGACAAUGGGGCGGCGAAGCUCGGUGGCAAGAUUGAUUUAGAGCUUUACGUUAAGGAUCGCGUGCCUUAUUUGGCUGCUGCAGAGGGUGCGAAGCAGCAGGAGGCUAUGUAA